UACUGCUCCGCUGCCACUUAGUUCCACACACACACUUCUCUCUCUCACAUGCAACAAAGUCCACAAAAGACUUCCGUUUCCAAAGUAACAAAGCAAACCACUCACUGAGUCUCUCUCUCUCUCUCUCUCUCUUUGAGAAUUGGCUGACCAUGGCUUCCUGCGUGACCGACACGGCUCGAAGCUUAGCCUGCAGAGAUGGCCACGCGGCUUCUCAGCUGAAGUUCGUCUCCAUCUUCGUCAUAUUCUUCACGAGCAUCAUCGGAAUAGCUUCUCCAGUACUCCUCGCUCGUUUUUUCCAAGGCAGACCCGCUUACGAGAAAGCAAUCCUCGUCAUCAAGUGCUUCGCCGCAGGAGUUAUCCUUUCCACCUCUCUCGUCCACGUCCUCCCCGACGCCUUCCAAGCUCUCUCCGACUGCCAGGUCGCCACGCGCCACCCCUGGAAGGAUUUCCCCUUCGCCGGAUUGGUCACCUUGGUUGGAGCCCUAACUGCUCUCCUCGUCGACGUUACCGCCAGCUCGCACGUCGAGAGCCACGGCCACGGCCAUGGACAGUACAAACCGGUGGGGACUCAGGAGGAGAUGGUGGCGAAGAAAUCGGGGCCGCUGGAGAUUGCGAAAUUGGAGGGCGGUGGGAAUCAUCAUCACCACGAGGCGGCGGAGAUUGCAAGCACGGCGGAGGAGUUGAUGAAAUUGAAGCAGAGACUGGUAUCGCAGGUGUUGGAAAUUGGGAUAAUAUUCCACUCGGUGAUAAUUGGGGUGACGUUGGGGAUGUCUCAGAACCAGUGCACCAUUAGGCCUUUGGUCGCUGCUCUCGCUUUUCACCAGAUUUUUGAAGGCAUGGGUCUCGGUGGCUGCAUUGCUCAGGCUGGAUUUGGGUUAGGAACAACAGCAUAUAUGUGCUUCAUGUUUGCAGUCACAACACCAAUGGGAAUAAUAAUGGGGAUGAUCUUAUUCUCCGUGACAGGGUACGAUGACAGCAGCCCAAAUGCAUUGAUAAUGGAGGGUUUAUUGGGUUCGUUUUCUUCGGGUAUACUAAUAUACAUGGCUCUUGUGGAUCUUAUCGCUCCUGAUUUCUUCCAUAACAAAAUGAUGACUUCCAUUUCUUGGAUGAAAAAGUCUUGUUUCAUCGCUCUUGUUCUUGGCUCUACAUCUAUGUCUAUCUUAGCCCUUUGGGCUUAAAUUUUUGUUUUUUUUUCUUUCUCCUUUUAAUAAACAGAGAAUUUCACCCGAAAGAAAUGAUAUGAAAUGUAAAUGUACACACAUGUCAAAAGUUGUUGGGUUCUUAUUCUCCUUAGUAGACCAAUUAAGUAAAAGAUAGAACGAUGGAUUUAAUUACAA